AUGAAAGACAAGACAACACCAUGCAAGCAAGCGAAACUGCAAAAUAAUGCGUCACCAUCCAUAAUUUGGGAAGACUACGGUGAAGAACUGAGUGAUGAAGCUUUUCCCGCAGUACUUCGCAACUCCAACGAAUCGCCACUGCUGGCUGGCAAACACUCCAACGAUGGAAACGAUAGUGAAUUGGAUAGAGAAUUCGUGGUUUCCUCUAGGGAAUCAACUCUGCAUACACGAACAGAAAUCGCCGAUAGUCAGCCGAUAAAGGAGCCUCACGUGGAGGUCGCUGAUGACAAAUACGAGCCAGAAGAGGUGAAGGUCGCUACUAAAUUCGGAACAAGGAAAGGAACUAGGAAGAGACGACAAAAGAAAAAGAAAACAACAUCCAAAAAGGUAUCAUACUGCAGCAGUCGAUCAACUGGUUAG